CCCCGGCACGAGACCUACAUCUCUAUGGAGGGCUACCAGUCGUGGACGCUGGCCAAUGGCUGGAACGGGCAGGUCUACUGCGCCAAAGACCAGGCCCAGGGCUCCCACUUUUGGAAGUCCUCCUUCCCAGGAGACGUUGCACUAAACCAGCCGGACAUGUGCGUCUACCGGCGCGGCAGGAAGAAACGAGUGCCUUACACGAAGCUGCAGCUGAAAGAACUCGAGAGCGAGUACGCCGUCAAUAAGUUCAUCAACAAGGACAAGCGGCGGAGGAUCUCGGCGGCCACGAACCUCUCGGAGAGGCAAGUCACCAUUUGGUUUCAGAACCGCCGCGUCAAGGACAAGAAAAUCGUCUCCAAGCUGAAGGAGAGCGUCUCGUGA